GGUGUCGAGCCCUCCACCCUGCCUGGCUGUUACCCGAUAACACCAAAGAAGAAAACAUCUCGAAGCAAGGCGCAGGGCUGCCGAGACUUGCACCGUUUCAUCUUACAAACCUUUGUACAGAAAUUCUUGUUAUAAUCGCGUUUAAAACAUUUUUUCCAAGUUUUGUCGGCUUAUGUAGGCUAUUACUCCAAAAUGGUUGAUUAACACUGUCAAUUGCAGCCCUGUAUGAACUAACUUUUUAAAGUUAGUUCACACUCCGGAUUUUCAACCUCAAAUUUACUUCAGAAGUUCAGUGUGGUAGGCUGCAAUGCUCUCUAAGAGGGAGAAAGAGCUCAUUUCAAAUAUAUGGGAAAGACUGACUCCGGUGGCCGAGGAUAUUGGGGCAGAAGCCCUUCUUAGGAUGUUCACGACUUUCCCAGGCACCAAAACCUACUUCUCCCACCUGGACAUCAGCCCCCGCUCCCCCCACAUGCUGUCCCAUGGGAAGAAGAUUGUCUUGGCCAUAGCCGAGGGAGCCAAAGAUAUCAGCCAGCUGACCGUCACUCUGGGUCCUCUUCAGACCCUGCACGCCUACCAGCUCCGGAUAGAUCCGACCAACUUCAAGCUUUUCUCACACUGUAUGCUCGUCACCCUGGCCUGUUUCAUGGGCGAGAACUUCACACCGGUUGUGCACGCGGCCAUGGACAAGUACCUGUCAGCUUUUGCAGCGGUGCUCGCGGAGAAAUACCGAUGAGACCCAACUACCUGUUUAUGCACAAUAAACGAACAAUAUAAUGCCAUUGCAUUAAUAA